ACAUCGCAACGAAUGUGAGCUCUUCAAAAACAAAGGUUGUAGAAGUGCGCCGUUUUGCGUCUGGAACAUUUUUUUCAGUUUCUUGAUUGCACUUGUUUUUUGUGGUAUGUUUAUAGAGUUUAAUCAGGAAGAAAAUGUCGAAAUCAAAGCUGACGCUCGAUUGGAAGAAACGGGUAAAGUCGGAGUACAUGAAAAUUAGGGCUAGCAAGCGACACAAACGAGCCGAUGAGGUCAAAUCCGCCUGGAAUCGAAACCGACAAAAACUAUUGGACCUUCUGGUAAAGGAAAACGAUACAUGGCUCACGACAAAUGCUGCGUGGAUACAGAAUGAAACGGAGCUUCCCCAUGUAGAUUGCAUGAAAAAAGCAGAAAUUGUGAACCACGAAGGGAGCCAUCAGACGAUUCCGAUAAGAGUGAUCAACGCUGUCACCCCGAUACCGACAAUGUAUACAUGGGCUCCAACACAGCAGAAUUUCAUGGUGGAGGAUGAGACUGUUCUGCACAAUAUACCGUACAUGGGCGACGAAGUACUGGACCAGGACGGUUCUUUCAUCGAGGAGCUGAUCAAGAACUAUGAUGGCAAAGUGCAUGGUGAUAAGGAUGGAAGAUUCAUCGAUGACUCAAUAUUUGUAGAACUAGUGCAUGCUUUGAUGCAAUACACCGGAAAAGACAUGGAUCCAAGCGGUAAUGAUGGCAGUAAAAACAGUAAAACUGCAACCAAAACAUCCGCUGAGGAAGUGGCAAAAGAGCCACAAGCGUCUAGCUCGAAGAGUAAAGGGAAAAGUGAUGAAGAAAAUUCCGCUGAUUCGAAGGAUGAUUCUCUGCCGAAAUUCAGGCUAGAACCAUUUGUAGUGCUGAAGAAAGAGGUUAUCGACGAGAAACCCUUCCCACCGCCAAUAAUAUUUCAAGCUGUAAGCUCUCAAUUUCCCGAUCACGGGACGCCAGAAGAGCUGCGUGAGAAGUAUAUCGAGUUGACCGAGCGUGUCGAUCCGGAACGACCCCCGGAGUGUACUCCCAAUAUCGAUGGGCCCCGAGCUGAGUCUGUCUCCCGAGAACAAACGCUCCACUCGUACCAUACACUUUUCUGUCGACGUUGCUUCAAAUACGAUUGCUUCUUGCACCGAAAUCACCUUGUUGGCGAGCCGCCGAAUCGUCUCCAAGCUUGCCAUCCGGGACCCAAUCUGCAGAAGCGUCGAUGGCCAGAAUUGAAGCAAUCAACGAAACCGUGCAGCACGAGCUGCUAUUUGCUGUUGGAAGGAAUGAAGGAACGUCUAGCGGUAGACAACAAGAACAAAACGCCGAUGGACUCGGGCAACGAGGCCAGCUCGGAAGACAGCAACGAUAGCAGCCGGUACAGCAAAGAGGCUCCCUUCGGCACCAAAGAGGGAUCCAACAGUGCAACCGGUCAGCGUUCGAGUGGUAGCUCCGUUAACAAUUCGGCCACCCUUCUGAAUCUGCUCGACGUAGCGGACGAGGAGUGGAAUGGCUCGGACAAAUCAUUCUUCCGAACGUUACAAAAGACCUAUCUAAACAACUACUGCGCCAUUGCGGAAGCAAUGCUCAUGAAAACAUGCCAGCAGGUGUACGCGUUUGCGCAGAAGGAAGCGGCCGACAUACCGCUGAUCGAGGCCAACAAGGACAACACUCCGCCGCGAAAGAAGAAGAAGAAGCACCGGCUGUGGUCGAUGCACUGUCGGAAGAUCCAGCUGAAGAAAGAUUCGAGCUCGAACCACGUGUAUAACUUUACCCCAUGCGAUCACCCGGGACAGUGCGACGCAAGUUGUCCCUGCAUUGGGGCGCAAAAUUUCUGCGAGAAGUUCUGCAACUGUAGCAGUGAUUGUCAGAAUCGAUUCCCGGGUUGCCGGUGCAAGGCGCAAUGUAACACGAAGCAGUGUCCGUGUUAUUUAGCUGUCCGCGAGUGCGAUCCGGACUUGUGUCAGACCUGUGGGGCAGAGCACUACGAGAUCUCGAAAAUCACCUGUAAAAAUGUUAGCGUCCAGCGAGCGUUGCAUAAACAUCUUUUGAUGGCCCCAUCAGAUGUCGCCGGCUGGGGGAUAUUCCUGAAGGAAAGUGCUCAGAAGAAUGAGUUCAUUUCAGAAUACUGCGGCGAGAUCAUCUCGCAGGACGAGGCAGAUCGUCGCGGCAAGGUCUACGACAAGUAUAUGUGCAGUUUCCUGUUUAACCUCAACAACGAUUUCGUGGUGGAUGCCACUCGCAAAGGAAACAAGAUUCGAUUCGCAAACCAUUCGAUCAACCCAAAUUGCUACGCCAAGGUAAUGAUGGUGAAUGGCGACCACCGGAUUGGAAUCUUCGCCAAAAGAGCAAUUCAGCCGGGAGAGGAGCUUUUCUUCGACUACAGAUACGGACCAACCGAACAGUUGAAGUUUGUCGGUAUCGAACGGGAAAUGGAGUUUCUCUAAAUAUCUGAAUAUCCGUGAUUAUUUUGUAUACAUUUAUCGACUCUCGUAGGACUUUAGAUAUGAAACAUGGAAAAUAAAGAGACGUUUUAAUUCUUACCCAA